AUUUCUUCAAUAUAUUGUCUUCAACAAAAGUCUGAGUAAAGGGUCACAACAUGUUCUGCAUCCUCAGACACACAGUUUACAUUACUCAUAUGGCCAGAGACCACCAAAGUAGUGACGUUCACUUCCUGUAUGGAAACCAUUUCGUGUGUGUGUGGGAGGUCUAGCCAGGUUUAGUCUUGAAACUUCACAUUCAUGUCUGACGCAGAAAUGAGUAAAUUGAGAUUAAAAUAUUCUUAUAUAUAAUUUACUCCUUUUUGUUGUCUUAGUAACAUUAAAGCUGUAGUUUAGAGUUGAAGAUUUCAGAAAGAGACAAAACCACAGAUGCAGAUACUCACUACUGGUGGGAUGGAGGAUUUUUGUAAAUAUUUGGGCAUCAACAGGACCUUUUCUCUGAUAUGUUGCAUGUUCUGGAUUUUCUCACCAGCAGAAGGAAACACCAUCUCACAGGUGGUUGGCACCAAAGUGACCCUACCCUGCAAGUCAAACAGCUUGUUGGUUCAGCUGACAUGGAAAAUGGACAAGAAUACCCUGUUUACUUACAAGCCAAAGACACCUUUACACAACUAUUCAAUAGCUCUCAACCUGAGCAUAAGUAUGUCUAUGUCAGAGAGCCAAAUGUUCGCUCUGGUCAUAGAGAGAGUCCAGAAGUCUCAUACAGCAAACUACACCUGUGAAAUCACCACGUCCAAUGGAGUUGAAAAUCAGAGGUGGGAGCUGAUAAUAACAGAACGUGAAGAAGCUGGAAAUAUGGACAAGCUAGUGAUUGCUGUGGCAACUGUUGUUCCUUGUGUGUGUUGCCUGACCUUUGCAUUAGCUUUCAUCAUUCUGCAAAGAGUCUGCAAAAAACGUGCUGAGGAUCAGGAGGAAGAAGAAGAUAUUUAUGAAAACUGCCUAGAAGGUCGACGACGUGGCUAUAAUCAGCCUCACCAUAACAAACCCAGGGCUCACUGACAUGACGCGCAGUCCAAAGAGAGAGAAGAAAAGGGAAAGGGAGUACUGGAAGUGGGCACAUGUGUGAAACAGCUAAUUUUAUAGAAACAACCAUCUUUUCUAAAAAAUAAACUUUAUAUAAAAAUUGUAAAACCUGUUUUUUUCCAUGCAAUUUUAAACUGAUUUCUCUAUAAAUAUACUGUAGAUAGCCUAUUUAUAGCCUAUUUACAUAUAUCCUUUAAAAAAGAUACUGCAUGGGUCCAUGAAACAGAGCAGCUGUAUGCCAUACAGGAAUAAAACAACUGCUCUAUGUUCAAUAAAGUUGAUGGUUAUACUGUCACAUAUGCUCAAGAUUAUGGCCAAAAAAAUAACCAUAUCCCACUGUGAAAA